AUGGAAGGUUUGGCAACGAAAAGGAAACACCACCAAAAACACGCCGGCGUCGGGCGAAUUCUCCACACAACAGGUUGGGGCUGUUUUAUAACACAGCUACAUAAAGAUGUGGGUGACUUACUGUCCAAACCCUCCACAUACAGCGGCUUCCUGCAGCCCCCCAGGCGCCUUUUACGAGCCAAAGGUCCCGCUCAUAGGAAGGUCCAAAGACUCCUCCGCUCCCGGCUGCGGUUUCAUCAGCAGCUGAAACGUAACCAGAGAAAGAACCCGGAGCCCUCUCUGUACACGGUGAAGGCCUUGCUCGUCCUGGACAGCCUCGGGCAGCGCCUCCUGGCCAAGUACUACGACAGCACCUUCCCCACGGCCCAGGAGCAGUUGGCCUUCGAGAGGAGCAUCUUCAGGCAGAGCCAGCGGGCGGGCGGGGAAGUGGCGUGUCUGGAGGGACUCACCGUCGUGUACAGGAGCAGCGGGGACCUCGUCUUCUACGUGGUGGGGGGGUGCCAGGAGAAUGAGCUGAUGCUGUUGUCCGUGCUCACCUGCCUCCUCGACGCCCUUGGCCACCUCCUGCAGAAGGAGGUGGAGAAGCGCUGGCUGCUGGAUAACAUGGAGGGGACGUUCCUGGUGGUGGAUGAGAUCGUGGAUAGGGGGGUGAUCCUGGAGAGCGACCCACAGCAAGUGAUCCAGCGCCUGAGCCUGCGGGUCCCGGAGCCGGCCCCAUACGGCUUCAUCCUCUUCGACUACCUGUCGGGCAGCUCGGAGCGGAGGGACCCCGGGAACAGCCACAAAUAAGCAGCACUGAUGAGGUUGGUGCCUGAGCAGAGCGUGCCCCACGUCCUGCGGCCCCCCAAAGAGAACACGGUGCCAUCCCUAUGGACACAACAGCUCCCCUUGGAGCGGCUCUUUGGAAAGGUGGGAUCCCAGCGGUGGGCAGCAGGACACAGAGACCUUCCCUGGCAUCCCCCCAUCCACCCUGGCCACAUCCAGGCCUCCCGUCUGCCUCCAGCGUCGGGAAUAUCAAGGGAAAAAUGAAGGGGAGCUGAUUCCCGCUCGCUCCCAGCCACAAAUAAAGUUCUCCUCCCCGGU